CUCGGGCGGAAGUGCGCUCUAGGCUUUUUUAGUAUGGACGCGUUCGCUUGAUGGUCACGCGAUGUAGAAUUGUAGUGCGCGCGAGCGUCAUUGCCAGUAAAAAUGAAUGCGGAUUGAAGAGGCGCGCGGAGAGAGCGUUUGUUUUGAGCUGUAAACGCGAGACGAAUAUGGGCAGCUGAAACCUCGGGAACGACUGGAAACGAACGGUCGAAUGGUUACUUUAUACCCCUCGCCAAAGUGUUACUGUAACCGGACUGAGGGAAGUUAAAGGGGCUUUUCAGCCUCGCCACAGUAACAGGAUCUCGGGGGGCGCUGAGCUGCGUGCUAACGAGCUACAUGGGACAUACUUUGAAUUAUUUAAUUGCGGCUCGCGCAAGCGCGUAUUGAGAAUAAUGACGCGCAGAUGGUAGACUAAAGCGCGUUCAUGGAAAACGGACGUAUUUGCGCUCGGGAAGGAAAAAACUGACACCGUAUCGAGUGCGUUUGGCCCCUCUCGUCAUGCGGCGGUGGGGGAGGAUCGGAGCAGGGACCUCGCAGCGGAUUUCAUGUUUCGCAACAAUGUUAAUGCCCCAUAGCGAGGGAUUAUAAGGCCUCAAAAUGACAAUUGGUUUCCAAACGUGCGCUCGAGAAGUUGCGUAAAGAGUUUGUUCGGCGAAUUUCUAUCAGUAAACACCAAAGCAGACAGCCCCAUUCAAUCUAAACUCGUAAAACGGGAAUGUAUAUAUCAAGUAUCGUUGAAUGCAGCAUGCCAAGUCUAUGAUCUGCAUCGUUUGCUCGAAUUGAUCAGGGAAACCGUUUCGGAAGCUUUUUGUGUAUCUCAACGCGUCUUUAUGUGUGAAGUUAUUUUGUGGUCCUCUGCGCAAAUGGCGUCUUUCCCAGACUCCGACCUGCAAACAUGUCCGCUGUGCAAGGAGCUGUGCGGCUGCUCUGCUCCGAUCUCCUCCAAUUCAUCUACCUCCUCCUCGUCCUCCCAGACCUCCAACUCCUCAUCUACCUCAUCCACCAGGAGGCUGCACGUCUUGCCCUGUUUGCACGCCUUUUGCAGGCAAUGCCUGGAGGGCCACAGGAGCCCGGGUGACCCUCUGAAGCUCAGAUGCCCCACAUGCGACCAAAAAGUAUCUCUUUCGGAGUCAGGCGUGGACGCGCUGCCUUCCUCCAACUUUCUCUUCAGCAACCUGCUGGAUGUGGUGGUGUCUGCUGAGGAGCAGGGCAAGAACGGUCGGUCUUCAUCGGUGGUCCAUCACGGUGGUCUGCUGAGACCGCAGCACCUCUCAGACCCUCAGUGCAGCUCUUGCGAUGAGGGAAACCCCGCUACCUCCCACUGCCUGGACUGCCAGGAGUACCUGUGCGAUAACUGCGUCAGGGCCCACCAGAGGGUCCGACUCACCAAAGACCACUUCAUCGAGGGGCUGAUGGAGAGUUUACACCUGGCCAACCGCACCAACAACUCCAACACCCCCAUCAACAUCUCGCAGUCCUUCCACAACAGCUUCUCCAUGCUGAAUGUUUUCCAGGAGAGGAUGGACUUCUGCCAGCAGCACGAUAACGCGGUGCUGCGUUUUUUCUGUGACAGCUGUGGCGUGCCGAUUUGUAGAGAAUGCAGCCUGGGCAGACACGCGGGUCAUAGUUUUACCUAUCUGCAGGAAGCACUGCAGGACUCCAGAGCGCUGACCAUCCAGCUGCUUGCAGACGCUCAGCAGGGCAGACAGGCUGUGCAGCUGAGCAUCGAAAAGGCCCAGGCCAUUGCUGAACAGGUAGAGCUGAAGGCUAAGGUUGUUCAAUCAGAAGUAAAAACCAUCACUCUUCGCCAUAAGAAAGCUCUGGAGGAACGUGAGUGUGAGCUACUCUGGAAGGUGGAGAAGAUUCGCCAGGUGAAGGCAAAAUCACUUUACCUGCAGGUUGAGAAACUACACCAGAAUCUCACCAAGCUGGAUAGUACUAUCGCCACAGUGACACAGGUUCUAGAAGAAGGCCGUAGCAUAGAUGUACUGCUAGCACGAGAGCACAUGCUAAAUCAGCUACAGGAGCUUAAAUCCCUCCGCUGCAUCCUACAACCCCAAGAAGACGAUCGAAUCAUGUUCACCCCUCCAGACCAGGCUCUUCUGAUUGCCAUCAAGUCCAUGGGCCUCAUCAGCAGCGGAGCCUUCGCCACAGCUUCCAAAGCUCAUGGUGAAGGCCUCAAGAGAGCGCUGCAGGGAAAGCUAGCUUCUUUUACCGUCGUAGGGUAUGAUCAUGACGGUGAGCCUCGAUUGUCCGGUGGUGACAGCGUCUCAGUUGUGCUAAUGAGUCCGGAUGGUAAUUUGUCCAGUGCAGAUGUUUCUGACCACCAAGAUGGAACGUACACAGUCAGCUAUCUGCCCAAAGGCGAGGGCGAGCAUUUGCUCUCGGUGCUUAUAUGCAAUCAGCACAUUGAGGGAAGUCCUUUCAAAGUGAUGGUUAAAUCCGGUCGCAGUUACGGCGGUGUAGGCUUGCCCAUUGCGUCCUUCGGAGGAGAGGGAGAUGGGGAUGGGCAGCUGUGUCGGCCUUGGGGCAUCUGCGUGGAUAAGGAGGGCUAUGUGGUGGUCGCUGACCGAAGCAACAAUCGCGUGCAGAUCUUCAAGCCUUGUGGAACGUUCCACCACAAGUUUGGCACUUUGGGCUCACGACCGGGCCAGUUUGACCGCCCUGCUGGUGUCGCCUGUGACAGCCAGAGAAGAAUCAUUGUGGCAGAUAAGGACAAUCACCGCAUUCAGAUCUUCACAUUUGAUGGUCAGUUUCUUCUCAAGUUUGGUGAGAAGGGAACCAAAAAUGGACAGUUCAACUACCCAUGGGAUGUGGCCGUCAACUCUGAAGGCAAGAUCCUGGUUUCGGAUACACGCAACCACCGCGUGCAACUCUUUGGACCUGAUGGGACUUUCCUCAACAAAUACGGAUUCGAAGGUGCCCUCUGGAAACAUUUCGAUUCACCUCGCGGUGUGGCCUUCAAUCAGGAAGGCCACCUCGUUGUGACCGACUUCAACAAUCAUCGGCUGCUUGUCAUCCGGCCCGACUGCCAGUCAGCACGCUUCCUGGGGUCUGAGGGAACCGGAAAUGGCCAGUUCUUGCGGCCGCAAGGUGUCGCUGUGGACCAGGAGGAUCGCAUUAUCGUGGCCGACUCCCGCAACCAUCGCAUUCAGGUGUUCGAACCCAACGGCAACUUUUUAUGUAAGUUUGGGACACACGGUAACGGCUUUGGGCAAAUGGAUCGCCCCUCGGGUAUAGCGGUUACCCCAGAUGGAAUGAUCGUGGCUGUGGACUUUGGAAACAACCGAAUCCUCAUGUUCUGACCUUGUAAGGUUUGAAAUACAAAACUGUAGCCGUGGACAAAUGGAAAAGAAGAUUUUGCACAUCUAUCAGGAGCAAAUUCAGUUUGAUUUUAGCGAGGUGACAAGAGUUGUAGGGACUUUAUAGUUUUGUACGAUUCUUAGUGAUCGUGUAACUCCAAAUGCUUGCCGUUACAGCACACAGUUUUGGCUGCUGCAGUGUUUUGCUCUUGGUAUGUGUCUUCAAAUCUUUUUUUUUUUUUUUUUUUUUUUUUUCUCAGGGAAUUUCUUGCAUUCUUGAAAUAUUUUCUCUCUGCAUUACACCUACCUCAUCUAGCUUAUGUAUGAAUGUACUCGCGUUUGUGCAGAGACCUAGUCCGUGAAGUUUUAUAAAGAAACGUCUACCUCAGUGUUUUUUUUUUUUUUCGUAGAAUGUGAGGACAAAAAGAAAACUAAACAAAAUGAAGCAAUGUUUGGGUAUUUGCACAGUUCGCACAAUUUCUUUCCUAAUUGAUACUGUGCACAGAACGCAAGUUAUAUCCCUGAAUGUUUCUCAUAACGAUUGAUAAAAACAAAGCUGCAUGUUUUGGCAGAAACAUAAGGAUACCAUUUUGAUAUAUCUACUGCUAUGUUUUCUUUUGAAUUUUGUGUACAUUUUAAAUCAGACUUCAUCUUUAUCUCGUACCUCAUCUAAACCUUAUACCUCAUUUACCGUAUUAUACCUCUGGGUCCAUGAGCCUCAUUACAUUUACCUCACUUUAUGGUCUUUGGAAAAAUUAGAAAAUUAUGCAAGCAGUUACCAAAAAUCAAUGUUGUACAACUAAUGAGACAAAUUAGACAAAUUAUCUUGAAUUUAGUUAUUUAAUAAGACCCUCAUGAUGUAAUCGAGUUUUGCUCUAUGACAAGAACAUAUACCCAUGAUUAUUUUAAAUGAUUCAAGAGUGAAUUGGAGGCUCUUCUUUAAAGAAGAUCUUCAGAUCGGUUUUAUUUUUGGGGAGGGACAAAGAAUGUAGACACUAAAUGGAAUAUCUAAGUGUUAAAAAUGACCUAGCCCUUAUUUUUGUUUCUAGAGUUUUGUUUUCUUUAUUUUUCAGAAUUUAGGCAAGGACAAGUUGAUCGACCUAACUGGCAAACAAGGAUAUAAUCCAUUAUAUAUAUAUAUAUAUAUAUAUAUAUAUAUAUAUAACAUGUUCUUUCAACGUAGGAUGUAUAUUGAGGCAAAGUUCAUAAGUCUCAUUUCAACCAGCUGCAUUAGAUCACAAGUUGCUUUUUGUUGUUCUAUUGAUUACAGCAUGGCCUACAGUGCUUCCUGUGCCCGUUUGAGAAUGAUCCCCAGGGAGACUAUUCACUCCGUCAGUGUAACAUCAUUUGAAAACACUUAGAAUCAAUUGAGCCCAGUUUGAAAUUGGAUAGUUUGUGCCUGACUUGUGGGUAACCACUUUAAAGUGUUGUUUGCUUCUGUGUUCAAUUGAUUAAAAGAAAGGAGGAAAAAAAAGAGGAAGCAAAGCAUUUGGGGAAAAGAAAAAAAACAUAAUAUAUAAAUAUAAAGCACUGGUAUACAGCAGAACAAAAGCACAUGGCUCUCCCAUUAUAGUCUGCCUGAACUUCUCUGACAGGAAAGUGCAUCUCACCAAUGCCGUGUCAUAACUAAUCACUAAAAUCCAAGUAGUUUUUUUCUUUCUGGUAUUAAGCGACCCAUGAGAAUUUUGUAUGUUCCUGUUCUUGCGUGCGUUUUUGGAUAUUUAGAAGCGGGUGAGCUUUACACACGCUUCUUUUUGAAUGCGUGCGCGGUACCGCCUUGUUCGUACACAUUUGUGGCAGGCCCACUUACAGAUUGCAAUGUUAACCUUUGGGGUUAAUUUGCACGACGUCUUCUGUUUUUACACUUAGGUAACAUUUAAAAUCCGAAAAUUGUGGGAAAGCUGGACGAAGUGGUCGUGACGAUUUGCCCCGCUGUUUUCUUGUAGGCUGCAGUUAUCUCGUGUCCCGUCAUGAAUAUUAACGUGCUUGCAUGUAGUGUUACCUGUGCCUUCCGUGAUGCUAGAUAAAUCGGAAUUGAAUGUCUUUGCCAAUGGGUGACUAUAAGAAGACAGGCACGUGCCAAAAAAUUACUCUGAAAGUCACGGAUGCGUUGAGCGUUUGCUUUUCAUUUCUUAAGUGCAUCUUUCCCAGUCUUUUUUGUUUUUCUUUAUAUACAUUACCUCAGAAUUUUCUAAUUGUGAAUCAGGAAGGGUAUUUAUGUUAAUUAUGAUAACGUGGAGAAUAGGCAGGUCGAUUUCUGAAAAUUGAUUAAACAUCUGCACAUUAGACGAUAAUAGACGAAUAAAAGGACCAGCAUGGGUGACGGAAGCCCUUUUGAUUAGCUUAUGCAAUAAAGAAUGAACGAUUUGCUGCUUCCACCGACACGCAUCUUCCCUGUCUUACAGUAUUAAUAUCACAUUUGAUCUAAUGAAUAUUUAGCUGCAAAGUUUUCUCCCUGAAUCCCUGCUCUUUAAGAGGAAACACUAAAUGUAUAUUUUUGCAUGCUGUAAAGGUCCUUGUAGACGGGUGGAUGUAAAAUACGAUGUUGGAAAACAAGGGGAGGGAAGAAGGAAAAAGUAUAAUGUACCAAAAAAAAAAAAGUUUGUUAGCUUGUGGUGAGUGGUUGACUAUAUGAUUGUAUUAUUUCUAGAUAGCUUUACAGAGUUAAGGUACCUCGUUGAGCUCCAUUCAGGUGCCUUUACCACAGCUCCUUAGCUUUAGCUUUUCGAAUCGAAUCAGAACUGGAAAACUGCCAAAGACCUCGUUCGAAUAAAACCUCGGUGUGCGGAUGUAUUUAUAAAUCAAUUUUUCACGUUUGCCCAAAGAUUUAUACGUUUGGCAUCAAUCAUUCUUGUUUUUCAACAAGCUGUCGAUGUCUUUAACAUAGAGGCGAAACACUCGCGCAAAUCCCUGGACGUCGGGUGUUGUGUGUGUAACAUGAGAUUUUGAGCAGGUGCCCUGCAGGACCAAAGAUGGAGUGAUGUUUGAAUCCAGCUCCCACAGUUCCCCGAUGAAAACUGAUCUCUAACUGUGUGGCGGUAGAGUUUUAUUUGACAAAGGAGCCGGGCAGCCAUUUUGUGGGUUGUGAUGAAACAAGCGAGAUCAGUACAGAUAAAGCCACUAUAUAAAACCCCUUUAGCCCCUUUUGAUUUGGACACUGUUAAAAGUGUAAGUUCUACUUUGAGAGACAAUUCACUUUUCUUUUUUUUAAGGACUGAUCCUACGAGACAUCUAGUUACCAUCUGGCUUAGUGGACAUGAAAGUCAAUGUCGUCAAAUUCAGUCUCUGUCUUCAGUGUCUUUCAAUUUCAGAUCAUUGCAAAUAUUUUUUUUUUUUUUCUUUGGACCUCCAGUCUCUAAUUGUACGGGUUUUGUCACCAUUUCUGGUGUAUUCCAGCUUAUGACUUAUUCCUUACUGGGGAAAAAAAGAAAAUGUAAGUUCAGAAUCGUGUGGUCAUAGACCCUUUUAUGAUUGUAUUAUCUUAUGGAAAAAAAGAGAUGUGUAUACACAUUAAAACAACUCAGGUAGCUUUGUAGAGAUUUGAGAUUUGAUUAAAAUUCAAUAUUUGUUUCCUACAGUUUGAUAGUGAAUCCUUUGUUAGUACCUCAUGAGCUUUUGUGUGUCGUUUUGUUGGUAUAAAAUGCUGUUAUUGAAAUCCAUGGGAUCCUUUUCAACCAUGUCACAGUCAACGGUCAAUGAGGGGGUGAACAAUUCAUAACCUUUACACGAGCUUGUCUCAGUUCAGCAUUCUUCCCAUAAUACCAACUUGAUUUAAUAAAUCGAAACCUCACAAGUAACCGUUUACCUUUUUGAAUGACGGAUGCAUCAUGAUAGAUGCGUUUUUCUAAAGGCUGCUACAAAAUUCAUUUGCCUUUUGAUGAGCAAAAAUGCCUUGAAGCUUGAAAAAAAAAAAAAAAAAAACAGGUUUUCAAGAUCUUUUAAGGGCAACACUCCAUCUCUAAAUUAGAAUCAUGGUGGUAAUGGACGUUUAGACGCCAUAUCCUGGCACUGAAAUUUGAUAAAGAGGUGUGAAGAGAUUCAAAGUUCUGACCUGGAAUCGGUUUUGCCUUUUAAAAUACAACGAUUAGGGUAGAAUCAAAGUAGCAAAUGCCGAUUCCAGGUCAGGGAUCCUCUCAGGUGGAUGAUUUUGGUUCAGGAGCCCUCCAAGAGGCCCACUAAUCUCUCCAUUUCUUUCUCUUUGUUUCAUAACUCUUACCAUCACACCAUCUAUCGCCCCCUCAUCCGAAACAACAGAGCAGUCAUUAGUCUCUGAAUAAGGCUGACGAGACCAUAUGAAAUAUGUAGUGGUCUGCAGUCUUGUUCAAUUGUCUUUGUGGACUUUAAACAAUUCCUAUGCAUUUUUUUUUAUGUCUGGUUGUUUACGAUUUAAAUAAAGUUGUACCUCUUUGGAUCCUGUA